GGGCAGGUCUGAGGCGAAACAGCGGCCCUGGCUACGGCAGCUUCCUCCUCCGGCAGCUCGCCCCGGCCCGGUGUGGAGGAGUCUGUCAGGACCGGUCUGUUCACCUCACACGCUGAUUCCCGCGUCCUCAGCCCACAUGGUCUCCUUGAUACCUUUUCUAGGGACCCUUUGCCUCCUGGAGAAGCCCCUCUGAAUAUCUCGGGCUCCCUUCCCUGACGGAAGUACCGUGCCGGGUUCAAAUUCCAACGCUGCCGGUUGGUGGAUUCCUUGCUGAUCAUCAGGGGAAAACAUAAUAACAGUGGAAAAAUCUGGCCUCUCCCACUUUAACCUACAUGAAUCUUAUCAUCACUAAACGUGUACCAACCUGACUCCAGCAUCAUCUGUGAGUACUGUUUCCAAAAAAUCUUUACUUCAACAUAAGCAGGAUCUACAGGAUUGAAGAAAAACGUGACAUCAAGAGGAAAAAUCUAAAGCAAACUAUGGGACAUUCUGCAGGACAAAUAGCUUAGUCUCAUAAAGUCUGUCAGUGUCAUUAAAAACGGUAGCAAAGCCCUUCACUCCGUUUCUUGGGCUGCUGCUCUUCUGGUAUCAUGGUGCCGUCGCUAUGGAAGGGGCUGGUGGGCAUCGGCCUUUUUGCCCUAGCCCACGCGGCCUUUUCCGCUGCCCAGCACCGUUCUUACAUGCGGUUAACAGAAAAGGAAGAUGAAUCGCUGCCAAUAGAUAUCGUUCUUCAGAUCCUUCUGGCCUUUGCAGUUACCUGUUAUGGUAUAGUUCACAUUGCAGGGGAGUUUAAAGACAUGGAUGCCACUUCAGAACUGAAAAAUAAGACAUUUGACACAUUGAGGAAUCACCCAUCGUUUUACGUAUUUAAUCAUCGUGGUAGAGUCCUCUUCCAGACCUCGGAUACAACAAAUUCUUCAAACCAAGAUGCGCUGCCCUCUAACACAUCGUUGAAGUUACGAAAACUUGAAUCACUGAAUCGUUAGGAUUUUUUUACAGAUCAUAACAGGACAGGUCACAGAGCUGGAAUGUUGGAGUUUGGGGUAAAAAACAACUCCCCCUGUCGGUAUUUAUAGCAAUCUUUCAGACCUAAUUUUAAAAAGGCUGUGGCCCUUGUCUGUAUACUAAUCAAAUCAUUGAUGCAGUAUGAAUUAUCUGUGAAAUAAGUCUUUGAUCUUUCCUAGAGAGAAUUCAUUUUUUCAUUUUAAACAAAUCUGCAUCUUUUAUAAAAGUCACUGUUCUGAACACAUUUCUUUGGAAAAAUGUUGAUGUUUUUGUAAUUGUUUUCUUAGAUUUCUUUUCUUCUGCACUACAGUUUUUAGGAUCCUUUGGGAAACGGUGUGACCACUGCAUUUGCAGCAUGAAUGAUAGUAAAAUGGUCUUCAGCUUUUAACAACAAAUGGACUUGCUAUGCUUGUGUGUUUUAAAUAAAUAUAUUAGUGACCAAAA